CGCCCAAGCAACAGGAGCAGCUGCAUUUGCCACGCCUACACACAGACUGUGGUACCGUCCUAAAGCUACGCGCACACACACACACACACACACACACACACACACACACACACACACACACACACACACACACACACACACACACACACACACACACACACACACACACACACACACACAUUCCCUCCCUAUCCCCCUUUCCUCCUGCACACCCAAACAUCAUGUCCAGCCCCAGCGCCAACGAUGGCGCCCAAACAGUUCUGGAUCUGCGCAUGGAAGUGGAGCGUCUGACACGCGAACUUGAUCAGGUGUCCAGCGCCAGCGCCCAAUCUGCUCAAUAUGGCCUCUCGCUGCUGGAGGAGAAGUCAGCGCUGGAGCAGAAGUGCGAGGAGCUGGAAACCCUCUACGACAACACACGGCACGAGCUGGACAUUACGCAGGAGGCGCUCACCAAAUUCCAAACCUCACAGAAGGUCACCAACAAGACCGGCAUCGAGCAGGAGGAGACGCUGCUGAAUGAGUCAGCCGCUCGCGAAACGUCGCUCAAUUUGCAAAUACUUGAUCUGGAGAAUGAGAUCAAGCAGCUGCGUCAUGAGCUGGAACGUGUGCGCAACGAACGGGAUCGAAUGCUGCAAGAGAACUCGGAUAUUGGACGCGAUAAGAGCGACAAUGAGGCGGAACGGUUGCGUCUCAAAUCCGAGCUAAAGGAUUUGAAAUUUCGCGAGACGCGCAUGCUCAGCGAGUACUCUGAGCUGGAAGAGGAGAACAUAUCGUUGCAGAAGCAGGUCUCCAGCCUGCGAAGCUCGCAGGUGGAGUUCGAGGGUGCCAAACACGAGAUACGUCGUCUCACCGAGGAGUUGGAGCUGCUGAAUCAACAGGUCGAUGAGCUGGCGAAUCUCAAGAAGAUUGCCGAGAAGCAAAUGGAAGAGGCACUGGAGGCACUGCAGGGCGAGCGUGAGGCCAAAUAUGCGCUGAAAAAAGAGCUGGAUGGUCACCUGAAUCGCGAGUCCAUGUAUCACAUCAGCAAUCUGGCCUAUAGCAUACGCAGCAACAUGGAGGACAAUGCCAGCAAUAAUUCGGACGGCGAGGAGGAGAAUCUGGCGCUGAAACGCCUCGAGGCGGACCUAAGCACAGAGCUCAAAUCGCCCGAUGGCACAAAAUGCGAUCUCUUCUCCGAGAUCCAUCUGAACGAGCUGAAGAAGCUGGAAAAACAGCUGGAAAGCAUGGAGAACGAGAAAGCCCAUCUAACGACCAAUUUGCGUGAGGCGCAGAGCAGUCUGGACAAGUCACAGAAUGAGCUGCAAAACUUUAUGUCACGCCUGGCGCUGCUCGCCGCCCAUGUGGAUGCGCUGAUGCAGCUAAAGAAACAAAUUGACGUCAAGGAUCAAACGGCCAGUGGGCAGGCAAAGGACGAACAACUGCAACAACAGCUGCGCCAGUUAAUCUCACAGUAUGCCAAUUGGUUUACGCUCUCCGCCAAGGAGAUAGACGGCCUCAAGACUGACAUUGCUGAGCUGCAGAAGGGUCUCAACUAUACGGACGCCACCACCACCCUGCGCAACGAGGUGACCAAUCUAAAGAACAAACUGCUCUCCACCGAACAAAAAUCGUUGGAUCUGCAGUGCGAUGUGCAGACCCUGACGCACAUCUCGCAGAAUGCGGGCCAGAGCCUGGGCUCGGCGCGCAGCACUCUGGUGGCGCUCAGCGAUGAUCUUGCGCAAUUGUAUCAUCUGGUCUGUACGGUGAACGGUGAGACGCCUUCACGUGUGCUGCUGGAUCACAAGAGCGAUGACAUGAGCUUUGAGAACGAUUCGCUUACCGCUAUCCAGUCGCAGUUCAAGUCGGAUGUUCUCACAGCACGCCCGCAAAUUGUUGAGGAUCUGCAGGGUCUGGCCGAUUCGGUAGAGAUUAAGAAGUAUGUGGACACCGUCAGCGAUCAGAUCAAGCAUCUGAAAACCGCCGUCGAGCACACCAUCGAUCUGAACAAGCACAAAGUGCGCGUCGAGGGUGGCGAAUCUGUGGAGAAGGGCAACACCGAGGAGGUGGAGGAGCUACAGGAGCAAAUAGUCAAGCUCAAGAGUCUGUUGUCCGUGAAGCGCGAGCAAAUCAUAACGCUACGCAAUGUGCUCAAGUCAAACAAACAAACCGCCGAGGUGGCACUCACCAAUCUCAAGUCCAAGUAUGAGAACGAGAAGAUCAUUGUCAGCGAUACCAUGUCCAAGCUGCGCAAUGAGCUCCGACUGCUCAAGGAGGAUGCUGCCACCUUCUCAAGUCUGCGCGCCAUGUUUGCGGCACGCUGCGAGGAGUAUGUGACCCAGGUGGAUGAUCUGAAUCGCCAGCUGGAGGCUGCCGAGGAGGAGAAGAAAACGCUCAAUCAGCUGCUGCGCUUGGCGGUGCAACAAAAGCUGGCGCUCACACAGCGUUUAGAGGAAAUGGAAAUGGAUCGCGAGAUGCGUCAUGUGCGCCGUCCGAUGCCACCGCAGCGCGGCACCAGCGGCAAAUCCUCGUUCAGCACGCGCCCCUCCAGCAGAAAUCCGGCGAGCAGCAAUGCGAAUCCCUUCUAACAUAAGAUCAGCGUGCAGCGUAAGCUUUUGGCUUUGGUUUAUACUUUGCUUAAGUUGUAAAUUCGUUGGGAGCAUCGUUUGACAACAUGAUGAACCACCACCCACUCCGCAAACGGACAGACAGACGCACACACGCAUACGUAGUAAAUACUGCAAAUGUAUUUGUGAACGAUGCUAUAGCUACGGUCUAUCCUAUAUUAACGAUAACUAUCUAUUUGUAUCUGUUUCUAUUUGUAUUUAUUGAGAGUUUAGUUAGACGAAAGAUUUUUUGUGUUAGGCGAAUCACGCAAAAAACAGUUAUUAACGGUUAGUUACUUAAACGUCCAAUUAAUUUAAUUAACAAUUUUGAAAAUGCAAAGAAAAACAGAAAACAAAUCGAAACUAACGUAAAUAAUUGUAUUUUUCUAUAUAUACAAAACACAUACACAUAUAUGUAUUCAAUAAUGUUUUAGUUCGAUUUGAGUUGAGUUUUGUUAAAUUUUCGCGUUGAUUGUUUGAUUUUUGUUAUCAACGCUGUGCGCAAGCGAAACUCAAAAGAAUGAGGAAAAAGGAAAAAAGAAACUAAAACGAAACAACAUUUUUGAUAUGAUAAUGUUUGAAGAUCUAGCAAGAUCUAAUUGGCAAAUGAAAAACCCAUGUAUUAAUUGGCCUGAUAACUAUAUAAGUAUUUUUUUCAAAACGGACCGCCCACAAAUAUGGCGUCCAAAAAAAAACUCUGUACGUAAAGAACAAAACAGAAACCCUUGUCUAGGGGGGAGGGCAGCUACAAAAACCCAAGAUAUUGGGAGCAAAAGCCACAUGCCCACAAAAAAAAAGAAAAGAAAAUGUAAAUUCUACAUACAUACUAUAUUUAUAUAAAUAUGGAAAGCAACUAUUGAACGAUGUGUAGCAAUUGGGCUGCGUCUUAAAGACGGAUUUUUCUUCUUGUAUUUACCUUCAAUUGAAAUUGUAGUAAAUUAAUUUUUGUUUGCAAUCAAAAUACAAAAAAAAAACCAAGUUUUUUGUUUAUUUAGCUGCUGAAAUAGUCUAUAAUUUGUGCAUUAUUAUUUAAUUUAAUUAAUAAAAAUCAUAAAAAACAAGAAUUAGCAAGAAUUAUUUUUAAUUUGAUUGAGCCCCAUAUCAUAUUAUCAUAUUUUUUUGAAAUUUGUUGUUAUAGAAAGAGCUCAAGCAAUGAAUUGAGCCCGAUUUGCAUUUUAUUUAAAAAGAAAAAAACAGCAACAAGCUCUUUUUUAUUUUGCCUAGAAGUGAAGCCUUUAAAAAUAGAAUACUCUAUUUAUGACUAACGAGCAGCUUAACCAACAUAAAAUAGCAAAAAAAACAAAAAAAAAACGUUAAAGUUUAAACUAAUCUAUUAUUAUUAUUAUCAGUAAAGUAGCUAAUUAAUUAAACACAAAAAGUAGUGACUAUCCACAGCACAUUUUAAUCGUAUCCCAAAUGGCAAAAAAUCAAUUUUUAGUUUCAAUAUGUUUUGUUGUAAUGGAAUAAUGAGAAAGAACAAAAAAUUCAAAUAUACAAGUGCGUAUAUUAUGUAAAUUUACCGAGCCAUUA